UAACACACUGAGCCACCAGAGGCUCCUCUCUCUUCAAUACAUAUAUAGAUUUAAAAAAAAACAUUUUCUCUAUAUUCUAAUUUAUAGGGUGCAUGUCUAUUCCUCAUAGGACAUAAUACUGCCUCAAAGAUUAUUUUUGCUGUCUACAGUUUCUAGAACAAGUUUCAUUAACACACUUGGUGCCUAAAUACUGUAUUUCUAACAUUCUUAAAAUGUAGUGUCUGAUUAUUUACGUUGCCAUCAUUUAGCUCACCAAACUUCCCCCACCCCCCAAAGUUAUUAAUCCAACCCAUUAAUUGAUGUAAUAUUGCAGGCCUGGUUUGUUUAAACAAUAUAACUCAUGAAUGGGCCACAAAUAUAGGUGUUACUAAGGAACAUGCGCUCAGGAGAGUCUAUGCCAAGCAAUGCUAUCAAUACGUUCUGUUCUCUGCAAAGAUUUACACAGGGAAAGAGAAGAAGGAGCCUUCUGUAGAAGGACUGGAGUAAGUAAACCUAGUGCUUGAUUCCAGGAAGCCACAAACUGUUCAAUAACAUACGAGGCACGGCGCUCUAACCAAAACGAAGGGAAAAUCUUUUGGCUGGUUCAGGCAUAGUGCCUGCAGAAAGCCUUGGAAGAACGAUGUCAUAGUUUGACUUGCCCAGCUUCCAGCCUUACUCUUCACCCAGCCCUGCCCUUUCAACUUCAGAGACCACAAUGGCUUAAUUGUAUAUGCUGGUUUUAGAAAGCACUGCUGCUUUCUAUAGUUCAUUGCUUAUUACAAGGGUUAUUAGUUGCAGCAUUAAUAGGGGAUUUCUAUACACACAUGAGCUUGGCAUCUUGGACCAGCAUUAGUGGAACCAUAGGGCCCAAAUAUCCUAAAGACACCAGAUCCUGUCUGAUCUUGAAAGCUAAGCAGGAUCAGCCCUGGUUAAUACUUGGAAAAGAAACUGCCAAAGAAUUCCAGAUGCUUUAAGUCUCUAUUUCAGACAGAAGAAGUAUCAAAACCACCACUGAGUAUUCCUUACCUAAGAAAACCCUAUGAAAUUCAUGGAUUUGCCUUAAGUCGCACAUAGAACAGUGCUACUGAAGCACACACCCACUUUGUAUAACUCCUCUUUCCAGUCUCUCUGGUUUAACCGGUAUUUGUGUGAGGUUCCUGGGAGACGUCUUGAACGGACAAGGUGUGCAUUCCAAAACCACUGAAUUGGUACAGUAAUUUUAUGGGAGUGCUUGUCUGUUUAAUUUUUUCAGCCUCAUCAGCAUCUAUAUAGCAACAAGUGGCCUGGCAGUUCUCUUUACUCAAUGCAUAGCAAUCUAAACAGCAUGGCAAAUGUUUGGGGUUUUUUCCACUUAAGAAUUGUGAAAGGGAAACUAUAGUAAUAUGUAUGUUCAUACAUACUUACGGUAUACCUUGUGUAAUAUUGUGUUGGCUGCCUUGGUGAUCCAGGACCCAUGGCAAAUAUAUUAAUGUUUCUCAAUAUCUAAAAUCCUUCAAUGCCUUCAGAAAAUGGAUAGAUGAGGCUCCAGUAAAAGAGUAAGGAGAGACUGUUUGGAGCCAGUUCUGCCGUUUGCAUUCUAUAAUGAAGCUAAAUAAUUUCUGCACCUUUGGUUCUAGGUUCAUGGGAGUUACAGUCCAAGAACAUAAAGGGCCACAAGUUUCGCACGGAUAUGUAAAGGCAGAGAGAGGGACUUUAAUUCACUUUCUAAGGAGAAUGUGUACGAAAACAACCGCCUGGCAUUUGAGGUGGCCGAGCAGGAGCUGGGGAUCCCUGCCCUGCUGGAUCCCAGCGAUAUGGUCUCCAUGAAGGUCCCCGACUGCCUCAGCAUCAUGACUUAUGUGUCUCAGUAUUACAACCAUUUUAACAGUCCCAGCCAAGCUAGAAUCCCCCCAUCUCUGAAGCGUCCAGCAGGUGCCUCUGCUCCCACCCUGCCAACUCAUGAGUCUACAGCUACAUCUGAUACUACAUCUGCACCGCAGGAUGAUGUUGCUGAAGGCCUGGCAGAGCAGUCCCAACAUACCACCCUUAGCAGCACUUGUGCAGCUUGCCAACAACAUGUUCAUCUGGUCCAGCGCUAUCUGGCCGAUGGAAAGCUCUACCACCGUCAGUGCUUCAGAUGUAAAGAAUGCUCCAGCACACUUCUUCCUGGAUCUUAUAAGCCUGGACCUGAAUUGGGCACAUUUGUAUGCACCCAGCAUCGUGGGAAGCUGGGUCUGAGUGGGAGAGCUGAGCGGAGGCCGAGUCCAGAUCUUCAAUAUGUAAAGGAAAGCAAAGAGCCUGGGAUAGUGACUGCUGGUGCAGAGGAAGAGAAUGGAAUAUUAGAGACUCAUCCAUCAGCUAUAGAAGAGAGAGACAAAGGGGGGAAAGUUGUUGACAGAGUGGAAAUAAAGAUUGAGGUGCCUCUAGUCCAGCCAAAGAAUGAAACACUUGCAUCUGCUCCUGACUCUGAGCCUUCCUCCCAAAUGCCUCUCAAGCCCCCUGUGCCAGCAAAGCCCCCAAUGUUUAUCCAGGACAAAGCUAAGCUCAUGGAACCUCGCCCCACUCCUGCCCCCCGGAAGAGCAUAGACACUACAACUGUGUCACCACCAAACUCUCAUCCUGUUCCAAGGCCCAGAGCCAAUAUCCAGACUGAGAGCUGCAGUGAGCCAGGAUCUGGCGUGGUCAAUGGUAGGCCUUCUGACCCCUGUCCUCCAGUUCCGAAGCCCAGAGGCAGGCCAGCAUCCUCAGACCGAACUGGAGAGACACCAAAGCCAAAGGACCCUCCAUGGAUUGCAUUGGUUCAGGGGGAGCCCAAGAGGAAGCCUGCUCCUCCCCCACCAGGUGGUAGCAAGGAGAGUCCACCAAGGGCUUCAGAAGAGGAUGAAGAUGUUGCAGAGGAAGGGAAGGCACAAGGGAGAGAAAGCAGGCCCACUACAAGGAAAUCAAAGCCCUACAACCCUUUUGAGGAUGAGGAAGAAGAAGAAAUAGGUGAAGAGGAGGGAUCUGCCACCCCACAGAAUGCUCCAAAGCCAGAGCAGACUGAGGCUGAGACCUCAAGGGCUGCUCACCCCUGGUACGGCAUCACCCCCACCAGUAGUCCCAAAACAAAGAAGCGUCCAGCACCAAGGGCUCCCAAUGCUUCCCCACUUGCUCACCAUUCCAUCUCUCGAAUUUCCCGAUCAGAGCCAUCUUCUUCCACCCCAUCUCCUGCUCUCAGUCUGGAGAGUAUCGCAUCUGAGUGUUUGGUCAAGGCAGCUGAAAACUUGGAGGAGAUAUCUGUGCCCAAGAGUUCCUCUGAGCCCAUGGUCCAUGAUCCACCUGCUUCCAGCUUCAACCCCCCACUUGCCAGCAUCUCCUCUGGUGAGGGCACUGCAGCUCUUCCCAGUGGCUCCACUGUCUCUUCCUUAUCCUCAUCCAGUGAGUUGGCUGAUUCUGGCAACGAGGUACCAGUGGGGAAUUUGCAGACUACCAAUAGCUGCUCAGCUGGGAACUUGAAAACCAGCUCUGAGCAAACCUCGCCCAAGCCCCUGGCAGGUGCAACUCCCACACCUGUCCUUUUGGUCUCGGAUCUGAAUAGCGGGGCUGCCAGGAACUCUCCUUCACCCAAAGCACAGCCAAAGUCAUCUUGUAAAGAGAAUCCCUUCAACCGGAAGCCGUCACCUGUUGCCUCCCCCUCUAUUAAGAAAAAUCCCAAAGGACCGAAGCCAGCAAGGCCUCCUGCCCCUGGACAUGGCUUUCCAUUAAUAAAACGGAAGGUUCAGUCAGACCAGUAUGUCCCUGUGGAAGAUAUCUAUGGUGAAAUGGACAGCAUUGAGCAACAGCUGGAUGAGUUGGAGCACAGAGGAGUUGAGCUAGAAAGAAAACUUCGCAGCAUGGAGAAUGAGGCACCAGAAGAUGGUUUGCUGGUAGACUGGUUUAAACUCAUCCAUGAGAAGCAUAUGCUGGUACGACGGGAGUCUGAACUCAUCUACAUUUUUAAGCAACAAAACUUGGAGCAGCGGCAGGCUGAUGUGGAGUUUGAGUUGCGGUGCCUUCUCAAUAAACCUGAGAAAGAAUGGACGGAUGAUGACCGGGUGAGGGAGAAGGUGUUGAUGCAGGAGCUUGUGACCAUUAUUGAACAACGUAAUGCCAUAGUCAACUGUUUGGAUGAAGACCGGCAAAGAGAGGAAGAGGAGGACAAAAUGUUGGAAGCAAUGAUUAAAAAGAAAGAAUUUCACAAGGAAACUGAUGCUGAUAACAAGAAAAAAGGGAAAUUCAAGCCCAUGAAAGUGCUGAAGCUCCUUGGGAACAAAAACGAGUCAAAGAGCAAGUCACCCAAGGAGAAAAGCUAAAGCAGGUGGCAGCCAGAAGCAGGGGAGGGCUGCUGUUGCUCUCUGACUGCCUCUGCCCUGUUCACCUGGCACUUGGCAAACAGGACUUGCUGCCUCCAGCUUUCUGUCCUUCUAAGAAGUCAUGGCUUGCCAUACAUGAACACUGGCUUUUCCUGGAGAAAGAUAGUCACCUUCCAGCAACAGGUGCUCCUCCGCCUUAAGAAAUAGGGGGUAAAGGUGGGUUAAUGGCAAGCCCAGUCAGCACUGAAAAUUAUGGAGGGCAGACAUGAAGGAGAAAGCCGCUUGUCUUUUUCAGCCUCAGGGAGGAGUGAGGGAGGGGAAGAAGUGAAAUCAUGUCUGACUUCCUCAGUUGCGCACAUGUUCUUUUCAUGGUUCUGAGCAGUCCAGGAUUUGGGUGGCUGUGGGAAACUUGCACUAAUUGUCUCCCUUCUCUAACUGUGAUAAUCACAUGUGCCUGACAUUAUGAAACCCCUUUACAGCAGUCACAGGGGGUGGGACUCUGUUUUCCUGCUCCAAAUGUAUUUUUACCUUUGUGUCAAAAAACAAAAAUCAUUUCGAAAAAACUUGGGGCUUUCAAAGCAGGAUUAUUUAUUUUAUUGCUGGCUUAAACUGUUAACACUUAAAAGAGUUUGCAGAGAACACCUCAGUGUCAUAAUGGCUUAUAGAAACAGCCAAAUUACCAGAAUCCAUUCUAAAAUGUCCCACUUUUAGAAGCCUUCUGCACCACCAAAGGUAAUGUACCGUGAAUUCUAAACCUCUUGGGGAACCCUUUAGCAAAAUGAGAAUAUGACGCUCACUGCGCCUUGUAAAUCCUCAUGGUUGCUGCUGCUAAUUUCAUCUGUGGUGCUCCUUGGAGGAUGCAGGAAGCUGGGAAAGGAUUGACUAUUCUGUUAGGCAUUAGAAGAUCUCAAGCUGUACUCAAUGCCAACAAGGCUUGUUUGCCUUGCUCACCAGUGCCACCCUUCACUCAUUUGGGGCAACUCAACUGCUCCUCCCUCAGCUUGGUCUGUAGAUACUUUUCUAAAAAUGCAAAGACAGUGCUUUCUGUUAUUUUUUAGCAGACUUUUAAAUCUGUCUAUCCCAGUCCCAGCUUUCUUUUGAUUUUGAUAUAUGUAUGUUGCUGUGUGUGCGUGUGUGUGUGUGUAGAAGAGAGACGUGUCUUUCUUCCUUUCUUUCUGCCUUCUCCUCUGCGCCGAGGAGCUAUUUAUUGAAAUGUUUGUUUGGUCUGAGUUAAAACACUGAUAGUAUUGUAGAUGUUGGUUAGUCAGCUGUUAGUCUUGAGUUCUUGUGAGCCGAGUAAACUACCAGCCCAGAGCAAAUUGCUGUGCUGCCUUAUUCAAAUACGAUGAAUAUCUUGACCAGGCCCUGGCUAUGACGCUCACUCCAGACAAUUCCAGAAGGGGAAUUAGCUUGAUGGGUGUUGCCAGCUCUGAUCACGGCCAUGUUCUCAGCCCCUACAAGUGAAGGUCGGCUGUCGGUAGGUUCCCACUCUCCACAGCAAAGUCAUCCCUUGGUUCAGUCCCAAAGCACAACUUUCCCUUUUGCUCUUAAAAAAAGCCAAGGUUCUAAAAUACCAUCAGAUUUACUCCAAUCAGAAAUCUCCACCAGACCUUGGUGAACAGAAUGACACUGUAUUAACUGCAGUUUUCACUAGCAUGCAGGGAGCAAAUUAAACAGAACAAUUGUACUGAG